CUUUACACCUUUGCAGGAGAGACGGGAUCUGGGAAAAGUAGCUUAAUAAAUCUUAUUCUCGGCGAGGAGCUUCUUCCAUAUUCUGUUUUAAGUACAACGUCUACUAUAUGCGAGCUUAAGUUCGGAAAGGAACGCAAAAUCGUGGCUCAUUUUAAAGACCAGGAUCGGCCAGAAAAGAUUAUUCUGUUAAAGGAAUCAACAGAACAGGGCUAUCUUCAGCAAAUUUCUCCUUACGUCCAUGUGAAGACUGAUAGAGAAAGGGGAUCAAUUUUCAAAAAAAUCGAACUCUUUCGGCCUCACAGUCUCUUGGAGGUAAAUUGAUUGAUAUCUCAAUCCUUGCACCUUAAUUUUGUUACUAUUUUAGAAUCGUCGUCAUUUAUAAUUUGGGUCAAGGAGUUGGCCAGUUGGUUUUCUCGUUUUUAUGUUCAUGGGAAUUGGUUUUGGUUAGUUUAACUUCGACGGAAACUUCGUCGCCCAUUAUAGUUUUUCUACAAUAUACUUUGCCAUUUGCUAAGUACACCUAAUCUGGAAAUAAAUACUAAAUAAACAAGUAAAAAAAUAACUAUAGGAUGUUAAGUUGUAAUCUGGGCCGGGUUGUUCAAAGCUGGGUUAAGAUAACCCAGAGUUAGUGCAAAAUUUGAAUUCAGAUAUGAAAGCUUAAAAAGUAAAUUCAUUUUAAUUCUUUUUGUCAACAAGUUAGUGAUUGAAUGCUCUUAAAAAUAACAGAGAAAAUUAUCCGAAAAAAUGCUUUUGAACGUACAAAUUAAGAAAAAGAAACCCGGGUAAAAUUUAACCCUGGGUUAGGCGCUAAUCGGUCUUCAAACAACUGAGCCCUGAAGUUUAUUUAUACCCCUUUUAAUCUCAAUCUGGUGAAAAAUAAAUCCAUCAUUUGAAAAAAAAAAAGAAAGAAUUUCCCAUGACAUGUUUAAUUUGUAUAGGUAAAAGCAUGAUUUGUAGUGAUAUUUGGCAUAGAUACCACGAGUGAUAUUUCGAAAUUGUUAUGCGUAAUUUCACGAGCCGUUAGGCGAUUGAAAUUUGAGACAAUUUUGAAAUAUCACAAGUGGUAUUUAUGCCAAAUAUCACGUACAAAUCAUGCUAUUAUUUGUUUAUACUGCUACCCACAAAAGCUUUGUAAUUUUCUCAUGUAGGUAUUUCAAAUUAAGCUGAAAUACCACUUCUCUAAGCCAAUCAAAUUGCAGAAAUUUCUGAUGUAGUAGUAUAAACAGUAAAAUGAGUUCUGUUGUACUCUUCCAUUAAGUGGAUUACUUAAAUCAACUCAGUAAUCGUAAUCAACAUUUUUUUUUCGUAUGACUGCUUUUUUCAUCUUUCACCAUCCCAAAAUACUGCAAAACUCUAUGGAAAACGGUCUUGACAGCAAAUCUCACCUACAGUACUGUUUAGACUAUACUACUAGAUAGAAUUCUUUGCUCUGAAGUUGCUUGAAGUUUCUGAAAAAUUGUCUUUGAGAUUAAUUUGAAAAACGCUUAGAACUGGGGUUUUAAAUCGACUACAACAGUUUGCACAAGCUAAGUGUCAAGCCACCCUAUUUUGAAGAGUAGCGAAUGCGCAUGACUAAAGAUGGGGCUCACUCCUCGAUCUCCCCAAAACAGAUGGAGCAUAAUGCAAUGCUUUAUUGGGCCGGGUUCUGAAUUAAAUCGAGAAUUCGCGCAUACGUCAUAAACCCCACAUUUUCCACAGGAUCUCGCGCGCGUUGCUAAAAGUUGAGUACUUUUUUUAUCACCCCAGAGCAUUAGCCUAAAAAACGUUGUUUACGUUGUCGUUUGUGCAUUUUAGAAAGGAAUUGUGAUAAUUGACAGCCCUGGAAUUGGCGAGUCUGAUAUUAUGGACGAGAUAGUCACACGGUACCUUCCCCAAGCGUUUGCUUUCAUUUAUGUGAUCAACAGUGCAAAUGCAGGCGGAGUUCAGAAGGACAGGGUACGUAUUGCCCAAUAUUCGCCAAAUAAUUUUCCGCGUUGAAUAUAGCAGAGUAAAGAUGGACUCUUGCUCUUCAGACGCUAAGGUGAAUAACAAUUAUAUUAGUAUACCUCUAGCGUACUAAAAAGUUAUUUGAUUCAUUAUUUAUUAUUAUGAGAAGGAGAAUUUUCAAAUGAUAUAGUCUCCUAAGCAGUCGUUCUUUAUCUAGUGGGGAGCGUUGCGUCGCGACAAAGCGAAACCUUUUACUAUAAUUAAAAUUUCUUUCAGGAUAAUUUGCUGUAAAAUAAUUUGCAUCUCAUCUCUAGAUAAGCCAGAUAAGCCUCUCUACCAGUAACACUUUCAAUAACUAUCUCCUUACGACUUUCAGGUCUGGAGCUUCAACAAAAGUCUUUUUUCCCACUCUGAAUUCAUAUUGCCACAUCUUUCAUCCAAUCUACGUCAUAACUGCAAAGAUCUUGAGUGAAAUUCUUGUUCCAAGAGCGAAGCUCAGUAAAAUUUAACAGUUAACUGUUAGUGGCCAUAAGGAUGUAGAAGGCCUAAAUGCAAUAAACGACCCUAAAUUUAAUAAAGUCCUAAAUGUAAUAACGUUUUGUCCUAAAUGUAAUAAACUCUUAAGUUGCAAAUUACAUUAAUUACUUAAAUAAGCUUCGCCCUCCAAUAAGCGCCACAUUUGGGGGGAUUUAAUAAACGCCGCGGCGCUUAUUCGUGUAAAUACGGUACUAAGAGGUAUUACUAUGGUUUUAAGCUCCGCCCUCUAAUAAGCGCCGGAUUUUUUGAGAAAAAAUUCAAUAAGCUUUUUAUACAUUUCCUUAGGCGCACUGUAUAACUUGACGUUUACAAAUAAAUUGCUUGUAAAGGGAAAAAAAAAAAAAACUUGUAAGCCUUAAAAAGUUUUUCAUACUUCAUUUUAGUUAAAGAAAUUUACUGCAAAAAUCGUGGACGAAGAUCCUUUUGCUUGUCAACGUUGAAUCUCUAGAAAAGAGAUCUAAUCAGCUAAAAUGUUAAGAACAAACAACGAGAAGUCUAAGGGCCUGUUUACACGGAGGUGGGGGAUCCAAGGUAGGUGAGGUAACCCGCUUUGGUGGGUAACCCGCCUGUCCACAUAAACUCUCAUUUUAAUUUGAUUACGUUCACAUGAUAGGUGGGGUGACCCGCCGCAUGUUACCUCACCCAUGUGGGGUCCCCCACCUCCAUGUAAACAGGCCCUAAAGACUACUGCACAACUCAUAACAACGUUUAUAAAUAACUAAGAUAUUACGCGCGCGCUUUGAUUGGCCGAGAGAUGUGUUUGCAUGAGAGUAUGUAAACAUGUGUGGAGUCAACGUUUUGAUCUUCGCGCGCUAAUCACACAAGAACGAAUUUUAAAAUGUUUUUGAGUUGAAAACUCGACAAAUUUACUUUAUUUACCCAUUCCCUCGUCAGAUGAAACUUGGAAAAUCUUUACAAACAUGCUGUACCAAUUUUUUUUCGCCUAAGGGAAAAACCCUUUUUUGGAAAGCAUCUUUAUUGCGAAACAAGAACUGAUUACACGUACAUCAAGCUUCGUAUACAAGACUUCGCGACUGGUUAGAAUUUCUCUUUUCAUCAAUAACCUGAACAUAGAGUUUUUUCUUUUCUCUCGGGAAAGUUAUUUUAUAAAAGCAAUAGAAAACUUUCUUCCUUUGUUUGCAUAGCCUGAUUCAAACACUCGAGGGUUUGGGAGAAUUCUUGACAGUUAUGCAAACACAAGACGAGGUCGAGAGUUUGCAUAACUAUCCCAAAUUCUCCCAACCCCUCGAGUGUUUAUAUCAGGCUAUGCAGACACAGGAAAAAAGUUUUCCAGUUGCUUAAAUGUUGCUUUUUUAAAAAAACACUGUUACUUUGUCGUUAAGUUUCACAGUGCAAAAGGAAAUGUACCGGAUUUACGCGAAUUAGCACCGCAGAGCUUAUUAACUUUUUUCUCCAAAAAUGCGGCGCUUAUUUGAGAGCGGUGCUUAAUAACAUAGUAAUACCGCUUAGUACCGUAUUUACACGAAUAAGCACCGUGGCGCUAAUUGCCCCGCCCCCCAAAUGCGGCGCUUAUUUGAGGGCGGCACUUAUUUGAGUAACUAUUGUAAUUGGCAACUUAAGAGUUUAUCACAUUUAGGGCAAAUUGUUCUUACAUUAAGGACUUUAUUACAUUUAGGAGUUUAUUACAUUUAGGGUGGUUUAUUACAUUUAGGCCUUCUACAAAGGAAAUUAAUGUGUCAUUGUUGCUUUUGCAAUUGCAGCUUGAGAAAUUAUUAGAGGAAGUCAGAAACAUCUCUCUUGAAAGACAGGGCGAAUUGCCGUCCAAGUGUGCUUUGUUUGUGUGUAACAAAUGGGACCAAGUCCCAGGGAAAGAAGUAAACGAGGUUAAGAAUCAUGUCAUCAAAAAACUUGUAAGAUGCUGGCCUGGCGUUGAACCUGAAUCACAGAUCAUACAUAUGUCAACAACGAAAGCCAGUAAAGCUCAGGGGCAUGGUUACAUUACAAAUGAAUUUUCCAAUUUGAUGAAUGGCUUGAGUCUCAUGGUGUUGAAGAGUAUUGGAUCCAGGCUGGAAAUUCACUGGAAGUAAGCAUCAGUGUAUUUUCUGAUAAACGUAUUCCAAGUUAAGGGGGCAAAUUACCAUUUUGUAGUGUCCUAGCCUAUUAUUGUAUUAGGGAAAUGGGUGAAAUAUGUCACAAAACUAAGUCAUACCCCUCUCUCAUUAAGCAAAAAUUAAUUUCAACCCCUCCUCUCACAUAAUAAAUAUUAAGGCUAACCCCCACCCCCUCCCUCCCCCCUUGAAAAAAAAGUCUCCUCUCAUUGAUUCCCUAAUACCUAGUUUACUUGUUGGAUUUCUCCCUCCGGUACAAACAUCACUUUAAAUGACUCUUCGACGUAUGUCGAAGACUCAUUUGAAGAGUUAUCAGAAUCACUGGACUCUCAGAGCUUGUGUCGUCUUUGCAUGAAUUGGGAGAUUCCUCAUUUUCUGCAGCAUCUCUGGCACUAAGGCUCCCGCGUGCAUGGGUAAGAACUCAGGAAUUCCUGUCUGAUUUUUUUUGAAGCUCAAUCUAAUCAUACUGUGGUUUAUUUACCAUACUUUAAAGUUGUAUUGCUAUUAAAAUUUCAACAGUUCGGUUUUUCUUUCCGAAAUUAUGGUGCCAUAUGAGCUAACAUUGGCAUCUUUCUUUUUCAUUGAAUGACAUUUAAGUGCUACUUUUGCAACUUUUAAUUAAAGUUUCCCGUUUUAUUAAAUCCUAGUGCAAAUAAAGUAGCACUGUUUUAACAUAUGUACCAGAGGCAUUUCUUUCCUACUACAUGACAGAUAGGAAAACAUCAGUUCAUAGGUCAGAACACCUUAGAGUUGAUAAAUUUGUCAGUUUUAUUCCAAUGUUAGUAUUUAUAUUUGAACUCUAAUAACUCUUCCACUACUUUUCUAGUUUUCAAAAAGGAAUGAAAAAGUAAUGCCCCCCUGUAUGUAUUAAAUUUUACAUCCAACCCCGCUUCUCUUGUUGUCAUUUUCUCCUAUGCCCCGCCUCUAAUUUUCCAACCCCCCACCCCCACCCCUCUCCAGGUAAUUAUUGCACUGUCCCUUAUUGCAGCAAAUGAAUAGAGACAGACUACCUAUUAAAAUAAAUGCAAAUAUGUACAUAAUUAACAUAAAAUUAAUGUAUUUUUACUUAGAUUUUCUUACUAUCAAUUCAAUUUUUUUUCUUGUUUUGUUGUGCUUACCCGCGUGUUACCCCAAAAUUCCAUUUUCAGAUCUUGACCAACGUCUCAUAUUUUCAGGCUUCGUUUGGUAAAGAAAGAACUAAAGCCAAAAAAAUAUCGUCGUGAAUUAACCCAAAUUGUCACGCUUUGAUGAGCCCUCUGGGUGUUGUUCGGCCCCAACGUGUUCAUCUCGGAAAAAGGCGAACUCAUGCAAAUUAUAUAUGAUGGAUUGUUUAGUCUGUAAUUAAGGCUGUUAAAUGAAAAUUAAUGUUGUUUUAUUUGUUGUUAUCUAAUAUAGAUGGUUGGAUUACCUCCUUUCUCGAAUAAUCUAUCAGGCAAGAGCCUUCGUAAUGAAUGCUUCCAGAGAUCGCGACAAAGUUAACCAAAAGAUGGGAGAGAUUGUUAACCGUCUAGAAGCGAUUGAAGAACAACAAAGUGAAGUCGUUGCCGACCUUCGUCAGUACCUUAAGAAACGUACAAAUGUCGCUUUGCAAAGAGUAACCGAGUAUCUUUCGUCGGAAGAAGUUAAAGCCCGCUUUACCUCAUGGACAUUAGACGAAGUACCAAGACCAGAAGACUCCUGGGAGGUAACAAGAAACCAAAUGGCCAAAACACUAUCAAGACGGCUCCGAGAAUUCAUAGAGCAGUGGGAAGAAGAUAACAAAGUGUUUGCAAAUGCUCGUGCUUCCCUUGUGCAGCACUUUCAGACACGCUACAAUUUUGUCGAAGGACAGCUGCGGAACCUUCAGAACGCCAUCACUGCUGACGACAUUGUUUUAGAGGAGCAGCUUCCAGAAACAAACCUAUCCGUGACUGGAAAGGUGAUCAUUGGUGUCACAAGUCCAAUCUGGGUUCCCCUUGGUUUAGUUGUUUUGGUGAUCGGUGUUCCUAUUUAUGGUAUCAUGGCUAUAAGAAGCAAGUUGGAGGAUANUAAUGUUGUUUUAUUUGUUGUUAUCUAAUAUAGAUGGUUGGAUUACCUCCUUUCUCGAAUAAUCUAUCAGGCAAGAGCCUUCGUAAUGAAUGCUUCCAGAGAUCGCGACAAAGUUAACCAAAAGAUGGGAGAGAUUGUUAACCGUCUAGAAGCGAUUGAAGAACAACAAAGUGAAGUCGUUGCCGACCUUCGUCAGUACCUUAAGACACGUACAAAUCUCGCUUUGCAAAGAGUAACCGAGUAUCUUUCGUUGGAAGAAGUUAAAGCCCGCUUUACCUCAUGGACAUUAGACGAAGUACCAAGACCAGAAGACUCCUGGGAGGUAACAAGAAACCAAAUCGCCAAAGCACUAUCAAGACGGCUUCGAGAAUUCAUAGAGCAGUGGGAAGAAGAUAACAAAGUGUUUGCAAAUGCUCGUGCUUCCCUUGUGCAGCACUUUCAGACACGCUACAAUUUUGUCGAAGGACAGCUGCGGAACCUUCAGAACGCCAUCAUUGCUGACGACAUUGUUUUAGAGGAGCAGCUUCCAGAAACAAACCUAUCCGUGACUGGAAAGGUGAUCAUUGGUGUCACAAGUCCAAUCUGGGUUCCCCUUGGUUUAGUUGUUUUGGUGAUCGGUGUUCCUAUUUAUGGUAUCAUGGCUAUAAGAAGCAAGUUGGAGGAUAGAAAGAAAAUAAGGAAGUACGAGGAAGACAGGUGUGCCUUCAUGAGAGAGAUUUCGGCAGCGUAUCUGGAAGAUAUUAGAGAGAUAAAAUGGCUAAAACCUUUCGUAAAGGAGCAAAUGAAAGAAGCCAAAGUCUGCCUCCAGCAGAUUGCAGCCCGUUUACCUGAACUAAUAGAGGCAGACAAGAUGUUAUGCAACCAACUUCGUGACGAAACGCGUUCACAGCAAGACAUAACAAAACGCUACCAGCCAAUUAUGGAUGAAGGUUCUUAUCUC